AUGUCUUGCUUAGAGUUAGAACUCUCUAAAGAGAACAAGUUCAAAGAAGACUCAAAAUUCGAAUCAGAAUCACAAGAGUUGACUCUUGAUGGAAGUGUUAAUUUCUAUGGCCGUCCAGCAAUCAGAGCCAAAUCUGGAAGAUGGAGUGCUGCAACCAUCAUACUCUUGAACCAAUGUCUGGCAACUCUGGCCUUCUUUGGGAUUGGAGUGAACCUAGUGGUAUUCCUGACAAGGGUGGUAGGACAAAAUAAUGCAGAAGCCGCCAAUAACGUGAGCAAAUGGACUGGAACGGUUUACAUCUUUUCGCUUGUGGGAGCUUUCCUUAGUGACUCUUAUUGGGGAAGAUAUAAAACAUGUGCUGUCUUUCAAGUCAUUUUUGUAAUAGGUCUAAUGUCCUUAUCACUGUCAUCGUACCUCUUCUUGAUUAAACCAAGAGGUUGUGGGAAUGAAUUGAUUCCGUGUGGAAAACAUUCAAAUUUGGAGAUGGUGAUGUUCAACCUUUCGAUCUAUCUCAUUGCCUUAGGGAAUGGAGGUUAUCAGCCAAAUAUUGCUACUUUCGGCGCUGAUCAGUUUGACGAGGAGCAUUCGAGAGAGGGUCACAAUAAAGUGGCCUUCUUCAGCUACUUCUACCUAGCUUUGAACUUUGGGCAGCUCUUUUCAAACACCAUUCUGGUCUAUUUUGAGGAUGAAGGAAUGUGGGCUCUUGGUUUCUGGCUGUCUGCAGGCUCUGCCUUUGCUGCACUGAUACUGUUUCUAGUAGGCACACCGAGGUACCGACAUUUCAAGCCUAGUGGCAACCCUCUUGCCAGGUUUUGCCAAGUCCUUGUGGCCGCGUCAAGGAAAGUGAAAGUUCAAAUGCCAUCAAAUGGGGAGGAUUUGUAUAACAUGGAUACAAAGGAGUCAUCCGCCAAUAUGAACAGAAAAAUCCUCCAUACUCACGGGUUCAAGUUCUUGGAUAGGGCAGCGUUUAUAUCUUCAAGAGAUCUUGAUAACCAGAAAUCCGCAAGUUACAAUCCAUGGCGUCUCUGUCCUGUUAGUCAAGUUGAAGAAGUGAAGUGCAUACUGAGACUUCUUCCAAUUUGGCUCUGCACCAUAAUAUACUCGGUGGUUUUCACACAAAUGGCUUCUCUUUUUGUGGAGCAAGGGGCUGCCAUGAAAACUACUGUUUCCAAUUUCAAAGUACCACCGGCUAGCAUGUCUAGCUUUGAUAUUGUCAGUGUGGCUGUCUUCAUUUUCUUUUAUCGUCGAAUUCUUGAUCCAUUUGUGGGAAAGCUUAAAAAGUCAGAUUCUAAGGGUCUUACCGAGCUUCAGAGAAUGGGAGUUGGACUUGUUAUAGCUGUGAUAGCAAUGCUUUCAGCUGGAAUAGUUGAAUGCUAUAGGCUUAAGCAUGCAGACCAAACAUGCACCCACUGCAAAGAGUCGAGUACUUUGAGCAUCUUCUGGCAAAUCCCUCAGUACACAUUUAUAGGAGCUUCUGAGGUGUUUAUGUAUGUAGGACAGUUAGAGUUCUUCAAUGCUCAGACACCAGAUGGUUUAAAGAGUUUCGGAAGUGCACUUUGCAUGACAUCCAUUUCCCUUGGAAACUAUGUUAGUAGCUUACUUGUCAGUAUAGUUAUGAAGAUAUCUACCGAGGAUCACAUGCCAGGGUGGAUCCCCGGGAACCUCAAUAAAGGCCAUCUAGAUAGGUUUUACUUCCUCUUAGCAGCCUUGACAUCGAUGGACUUGAUCGCCUAUAUUGCAUGUGCAAAAUGGUACAAGAGUAUACAGCUGGGCGAGAAACCCAAAGAAAAUGAUGAGCCAAGUAGCUUCACAGUCUAA